AUGGUCCCCCGCGUGAGCCCUCAGAGAGCCUCGGGCCAGAGAGCAUGGCCGGCCUGGACGCUGUGGCCAGACCUGCCCGGAAGGUACUAUUGCCCACACCACCGGGCGCCUCCUUCCAGCCUCUCUACCCUCCGCAGAGCGAGGGCCAGGCCUUCCCCCCUCCUGGUUUCUCGGGGCCCAUGUAUGCGUCUCAGGAGAACCCGAUGGGCUCCUCCCAGUACGAUGACCCGAGAAAUGCUCAGUUUGCCGAGAAAAGUGACACCCUGGCCACUGACACUGAAGGAGACAGAGAGUCCCAGGCCAGGCCAGGUGAGGGAGCCGGUGUGUUUCCCCCCUUGGCACAGAAAGGGGGACCUCCACCCCAGUUUCAGGGCCAGAGGGAGCCCACACCACGUGCUUUCGGGAUGUCGGGCCUUCACGGCCCCAGUUUCCCAGCUCCUCGGGGGCCAGUUCCUCCGUUCUCAGAAGAGAAUGCUAAUAACGAUGGGCCAAGAGGAGGGCCUCCGCCGGCCAGAUUCGGGCCUCAGAAGGGGCCCAUUCCUUCCCUGUUCUCAGGGCCACAUGGACCACCUCCCUAUGGGGAUGGCAGGGGCCCCUCCCCAUCCCACCUGGGUGGGCCCAGGGGAGCAGGGCCGCCUCCGUUGGAAGAGCGAAAGGACGCCCACGGGGAGAAGAGAGAGUACCCGGACGCCCUGUACGGCGAGGCCUCAGGUGGCCCUGCCCAGUGCGAGGGACCUGAGCAGGCCCCAUUCCCGGGAGGCCGGGGUGCCACGCCGUUCCAGUUUGGGGGCCAGAGGAGGCCUCUGCUGUCGCAGUUUAAGGGACCCCGAGGCGGCCCUCCUCCCUCUCAGUUCGGAGGUCAGCGAGGACCCCCACCCGGCCACUUCGUGGGCCCAAGGGGGCCGCACCCUGGGCAGUUUGAAGGCCCCAGAGGCCAAGCUCCUGGCUUCGUGCCCGGACCCAGGGGGAUGCAGCCUCAGCAGUUUGAAGAGCAGCGGGUCCACUCGCCGCCCCGGUUCUCCGGCCAGAGGGCACCUGUACCCCUGCCCUUCGGGGGGCCCCGGGGGGCUGCCCCAUUCCCAGAGAAGAGUGAGCCGGUGCCCCCCCCGCUUCCACUUCCAGGGCCCAGCUGCCCCCGGCCCCAAGCCGGCACCCAGGCCGCUGCUGGAGCUGCCCAGCCACCCUCCUGCACCAUCCGCCACGCAGGCCCAGGGCCCAGAGGCUGACUUCCACGAGUACAGAGGCCCGGCUUUCGAGGGGCGGCCCCGCGACAAAGCCCCAGAGGAGCCUGAGGCCCCGCUGCCUGACAGCCGCUCAGGCCGGGCCCUCGACGACCGGCGGCGUGAGAAGGAGCGUGGGAAGCCCUGGGAGCGGAAGCGCGGCCGGACCUGGAGCCGUGAGCGGGACUGGGACCGUGGUCGAGACUGGGACCGCCACCGUGACAAGGACGCUGGCCGCGACUGGGACAGGAGCCGUGAGCGGAACGGGGGCAGGGACAAGGGGCGUGAGUGGGACCGUGGCCGAGAGCGGAGCCGCAACCGGGACCGCGACCGCAGGCGCGACAGGGAGAGGUCCCGCAGCAGGGACCGCGACCGUGACAAGGCCCGAGAGCGGGAGCGCCGCAGGGACCGCAGCCGGAGCCCUGAGCGGCCCCGGGACCCCAAGACAGAGACCCCUCGGCCUGCGGCCCCCACUCCCCAGACCUAG